AUGUCCGAGCUCCCGUCGGACGUUGCCGCCUACUUUGACGCGCUCUUGCACUCGCGUCUCCACAGUCCACCCAUUCGCUGCGCUCUAGCCAGUGGAAAAGGCAAAGCGAUGUUUGCUGCCCGAGCGCUUCAGGCUGGGGAACCCAUUUGGACAGAAGCGCCGUUUGUAGCGAUGCAGCACGAAGACAAUAAGGACUUUGUCGACUGUUGUGAGAAUUGUUUCGUGCCUUUGAUUGACAGCAAACUCUGCUGGGCACGCGUCGUGGCUGAUUGUAACACGAAAGUGGACGACGGAGCAUCUCGUGGAGACAAUCUCGUGGCCACUGAAGCCGAUUUUGAAGCAGCUAUUGCUUUCUUGCAAAAAGAGGGAGGCAAGAGCUCGUCAGAGAGCUAUUUCUCCGUGUUUAAAAUGGCCGAGACGCAGGUCCAUUGCAGCUGUGGAGCUGUCUAUUGCUCGGCCAAUUGCAAACGGAUUGCGUACGCGCAACACCACGCACUACUUUGUCCACGCACAGAAGAGCGGGAUAACGCCAUGGGCCAUUUCUUGAACCACACGCUCGUGGCCAAUGAGAUUUUCCAGCUUGCAGCAAAGGUCGUGGCCAAGAUCUUGCUGCUCUUUGUAGCGACGCAGGAUAUGGAGCAAGCUCGACAACCUGUUGAUGUCUUCUGCAAGUUGCCAUGGUGGGAAGUCAUAACGUCGGAAGAAGAUUUGGAAGACGGAGAGACGUUUGAGAGCUAUCAAGACAAGUUUCGCACACUGCUGACGCAGACGUACGACUUUUUUAUGCAUGGGUUGAAAGAAAACCUGGCUCAUCUCGAGACGCUGGAUGAACUCAACGGACUAACGACAGAAUCGGUCUUGGCCUUGUGCGACCAAGUCCUAAACGUGGACUUUUUCAGUCGCGUGGUUGGCAUGUUUGAGAUGAACAACAUUAGCAUGGAGAUUGAUCACCCGUUCCACGCGCUGAACGAGGCGUUGAGCGAGACUAGUCCUGAGGAGAAGAAGGACAUGCCGCCGGUACUUGCUCGUGUAAAAGCAGCGCUAGAAGCGUUUGCGAAAAAGCAAAACCAUAAACUCUCUGAUCGUGACGAAGAGCAAGAGCAAGGAAGCCAAAUAAGCGAGGACGAUUGUAAUGCGCUGAAUGACGAUUUUGUAGGUGUGGAAGGCACUGCAUUGUUCUCGGGUAUCUGCACGAUGAACCACAGCUGCGAUCCGAAUUGCACGGUGCUGUACACAAAAGAUGGAGCUGCUCAUGUUUUCGCCGUGCAGGACGUUGCGGAGGGUGAAGAGCUGUGCAUCUCAUACAUUGAUGUGGACCAGGAUGUCGACGAGCGAGAAGAAUAUCUUCGCGAGUAUCAGUUUGUAUGCCAUUGCGCUAGGUGCGAAGAAGAGCGAGUGGCAUAA